AUGGAGACGCGCAAGUUCCUCACGGAGCGCCUUCACAUGCGCUUCAAACGGAUUUACUCCCCGGUCUUUGAGUUGGCGUUCCGCUGCGACCCGUACUACGACGCCUUGCGCGAUGUGCACGAGCAGACCGAUGACGACGAUCUUUUGAGCCAAUGCCGCGAGGCGAUCCAGCUUCUUUGCCGCUCCCGUCCAAACGACGUGGCGAGCACGACGGCACUGUACGGCAAGUACGUGGCCAUGGCUUCUGGCGGGACAAGCGUCUUUGACACCCUCUGA